AUGGAGGUUGCAGCGAUCUCUCCAUCGAAAUUCGCAGGUGACGCAAAGAGUUUUCAUCGAAAUGGUUUCAUUGCAGAUCGAUGCCGGACGGGAUCCACGAGAGACACGACGCCUUGUACCACCGUCAGUCACAGCCGACGCUUUUCUCGUCUUAACGAUCGAAGGUGUUCAAGCCGAUGUCUCGCAGGUGCGGACUCGGGAAAGGGGCAAGGCGGCAAGGGGCAAGGCGGCAAGCCGCGGGUCCUCUGCUGGAUCGCGACCCAGCCGGCGAACCACGAGGCGAAGGCGAAACACGUGAAAGCCACGUGGGGCAGGCGAUGCGACGUCCUCCUUUUCUUCAGCUCGAGGAAAGGUACCGCGAGGAAUUUUUCAUUUCUCGCCUGCGAGAGAGAUGCCUCCCACCGACCUCCAUCAUCGAUGAACGUCGCAGAUCCAUCCCUGCCCACGGUGGCGCUGAACGUGACGGAGGGCCGGCAGCACCUGUGGGAGAAGACGCGAGAGGCCUUCCGCUACAUCCACCGGCACCACCUGCUCGACGCGGACUGGUUCCUCAAGGCAGACGACGACACCUACGUCAUCGUGGAGAACCUCCGUCGUCUGCUCCGAGACAGCGACCCGUCCGCGCCGGUCUACUUCGGCUGCCGGUUCAAGCGCUUCAGCGGGCCGGGCUUCAUGAGCGGUGGAGCAGGGUAUGUGCUGAGUAAGGAGGCGUUGAAGCGGUUCGUGGAGAAAGCCCUGCCCGAUGCAAAGGCUUGUCCCCUGGCCAAAGUGAAAGACGAAGACGUCGGAAUGGGUCGAUGCCUGCACGCCGUCGGGGUGGAACCGGGCGACUCACGGGACGAAAAGGGCCGCUGGCGCUUCCUGCCGUACUCCCCCGGGUCGCACCUCUCUCCGGCCCCGAUGUGGAACGCAGACUGGGUCCAGUGCAACGCGUUUCACCCGUACACGCAGGGGCGAGGGUGUUGCUCGGACCGGGCCGUGUCCUUUCACUACGUCUCGCCCGAGUCAAUGCACGUGCUCGAGUACUUCAUUUACCGGUUGCGGGUCGACGACCGGCGGUGA